AUGGCAAAGGCUUAUGAUAGAAUGUCAUGGACCUUUGUCAUUGAAGUUUUGAAGAAGUUUGGCUUCUCAGAUUUAUGGAAUGACAUGGUGUUCAAUCUUAUUUCCGGAGUUUGGUAUUCAGUCCUCAUUAAUGGCUCAAGAGCUGGUUUUUUCACAUCCUCACAAGGUCUUAAACAGGGAGAUCCUUUAUCACCUUCUCUCUUUAUAAUUGAUGCAGAAGUUCUAACAAGAUCCUUAAAUAGUUUACAUGCUAAUGAAAAGUUUGUUCUAUUUUCUAUGCCUACUAAUGCUCCACUAAUUAAUCACUUGGCCUAUGUAGAUGAUGUUAUCAUAUUCAGUAGUGGCAACCAGAAGUCCAUCAAGUUGAUCAUGAAGGAAAUACGAACAAACUCUGGACAACAAGUCAAUAGUAACAAAAGUCAUUUUCUCACUGCUCCCAGGACUACAACAGCACGAAUAAACAGACUGAGAGCUUGUACUGGAUUUAUGGAGAAGGACUUACCAUUCAUUUAUUUGGGAUGCCCAAUCUAUGUGAGAAGAAAGAAGAUAGAACAUUUUGACAUCAUGAUUAAUAAGGUUGUGAAAAUGCUAAAUGGGUGGCAAGGAAAGAUGCUUUCCUAUGAUGGAAGAAUUAUACUCAUCAAGCAUGUGUUACAAGCAUUACCAACUUAUAACCUUAGCGCUUUAUCUCCUCCAAAAGGAACCUUCAAGCUUUUAGAAAAGCACUUUGCUAAUUUCUUUUGUGGUUCCAAUGGUGACACCAGAAAAUAUUAUUGGAGUUCAUGGAAGAAUUUGUGUUAUCCGAUAGAGGAAGGGGGAAUAAGUAUAAGAAGAAUGGAAGACAUCAAUGAAACUCUUGCAAUUAAGAAAUGGUGGAGGGCUCACCCAGCUACUAAGAAAUGGGCAUCGGGAGAUUCUCAUCUUUGGAAGAGUAUGACUCAGGCUAGACAAAAGGCUGAAAUUCAUAUGAUCUGGCAGGUUAACUCGGUAAGUAGCAGUUUUUUGUGGGAUAACUGGAAAGGAAAAGGCCCUUUAGCUACUGAAUUUCCAGAAGCAUCAAAGAAUGGAAGCUAUAAUGCUAACUCUGGAAAAGCAGGAUUAGGUAGGAUUCUAAGAGAUGACAAGGGCAAUCUAGUCAUGGCAUUCUCCCAUCCAACUACAUGUAACAGUAAUAUAAUAGCAGAGGAGCAAGCUGCAAAAUUUGGUAUGCAAUGGUGUAUUCAAAAUGGAUUUAAAGACUUCAGUCUGGAGCUUGACUCUACGGCAGUAAUACAGAUGAUUAAUGAUAAGCAAGCUGAUAACUAA